GUGCUGCCCGCCCGGCCCCUUGGUAGGUCGAUAGAUCUAUCUAUCUCCGAUCGACGUUGGUUGAUCUUUUCUUCCUCGUCUCCGGCCACGCGUUGGAUAGAUCGAUGGCGGCGCCGUCAGCCAUGAACACGUCCGCGGCGUCUGACAAGGAGAAGGAGAUCGACGACUGGCUUCCCAUCACCUCCUCCCGCAACGCCAAGUGGUGGUACUCCGCCUUCCACAACGUCACCGCCAUGGUCGGCGCCGGCGUCCUCAGCCUCCCCUUCGCCAUGUCCGAGCUCGGAUGGGGACCGGGGGUGGCGGCGAUGAUCAUGUCGUGGGUGAUCACGCUGUACACGCUGUGGCAGAUGGUGGAGAUGCACGAGUGCGUGCCGGGGAGGCGGUUCGACCGGUACCACGAGCUCGGCCAGCACGCGUUCGGCAACAAGCUCGGGCUCUGGAUCGUCGUGCCGCAGCAGCUCAUCGUCGAGGUGGGCGUCUGCAUCGUCUACAUGGUCACCGGCGGCAAGUCGCUCAAGAAGUUCCACGACCUCGUCGCCCCCAACGCGCCGUCGAUCCGGACCAGCUACUUCAUCGUCAUCUUCGGCUGCGUCCACCUCGUCCUCUCCCAGCUCCCCAACUUCAACUCCAUCACCGGCGUCUCCUUCGCCGCCGCCGUCAUGUCGCUCAGCUACUCCACCAUCGCCUGGGUCGCCUCCGUCCACAAGGGCCGCCACCCCGCCGGCGUCGACUACUCCAUGACGGCCAGCACCUCCACCGGCCGCUCCUUCAACUUCCUCAGCGCGCUCGGCGACGUCGCCUUCGCCUACGCCGGCCACAACGUCGUGCUCGAGAUCCAGGCCACCAUCCCGUCGACCCCCGACCGCCCGUCCAAGAAGCCCAUGUGGCGCGGCGUCGUGCUCGCCUACCUCGUCGUCGCCAUCUGCUACCUCCCCGUCGCCUUCCUCGGCUACUACAUCUUCGGCAACGCCGUCGACGACAACAUCCUCAUCACGCUCGAGAAGCCCCGGUGGCUCAUCGCCGCCGCGAACAUGUUCGUCGUCGUCCAUGUCAUCGGCAGCUACCAGAUCUACGCCAUGCCGGUGUUCGACAUGCUCGAGACCUUGCUCGUCAAGAAGCUCCGCUUCCAGCCCGGCAUGCCUCUCCGUCUCAUCGCUCGCUCACUCUACGUCUUAUUCACCAUGUUCGUUGGCAUCGCCGUGCCCUUCUUCGGCGGAUUGCUAGGGUUCUUCGGUGGCUUUGCGUUUGCCCCAACCACCUACUUCCUGCCAUGCAUUAUGUGGCUGUCGAUCAUGAAGCCAAGGAGGUUUAGCAUGUCAUGGUGUAUCAACUGGUUCUGCAUCAUCGUCGGCGUUCUUCUGUCGGUGUUGGCUCCUAUCGGAGGUCUCCGGUCGAUCAUCGUCAAUGCUCAGAGUUACAAGUUCUUCUCUUGAGUGAUUCAAUGAGAGGUGUUAACUGUUUUAUAGAUAAUGCACAGAGUUAUAAUUAGUUCUAUCUACUACUAGUAUUUGAUUAGAUGAAAGUGAAAUCCAUUUGUGUGGCCGUAUUAUGUACGUACGAGACGCCUGUGUGGAAGUCUAUCAAAUGGAGGCAUAUUAUUUAUUUAGCCUUUAUUUGUCUGGUGUUAAUUUAAUUCGUGUCGAAUUUAUAUUAAUUAAUUAAUUAAUUAUCCCUUUGUCCGAAUCAGUAUGUUCAAAUUGAUCUGU